CCCGGAAACCUAGAAAUGGAACCAUUGAAAUUUAGGGAUGUGGCCAUAGAAUUCUCUCUGGAGGAGUGGCAAUGCCUGGACAGUAUACAGCAGAAUUUAUAUAGGAAUGUGAUGUUAGAGAACUACAGAAACCUGGUCUUCUUGGGUAUUGCUGCCUCUAAGCCAGACCUGAUCAUCUGUCUGGAGCAAGAAAAAGAGCCUUGGUCUAGAAAGAGACGUAGGAUGGUGGCCGAACUCCCAGUUAUUUGUUCUCAUUUUGCCCAAGACUUUUCACCAGAGCAGAACAUAAAAGAUUCCUUCCAAAAAGUGACACUGAGAAGAUAUGGAAAAUGUGAACAUGAGAAUUUACAGUUAAGUAAAAGUGUGGAUGAGUGCAAGGUGCAAAAAGGUUAUAAUGGACUUAACCAAUGUUUGCCAACUACCCAGAGCAAAAUAUUUCAAUGUGAUAAAUAUAAGAAAAUCUUUCAUAAAUUUUCAAAUUUAAGUGGACAUAAGGUAAGACACACCAGAAAAAAACCUUUUAAAUGUAAAGAAUUUGGCAAAUCAUUUUGCAUGUUUUCAAACCUAACUCAACAUAAAAUAAUUUGUACUAGAGUAAAUUUCUACAAAUGUGAAGACUGUGGAAAAGCCUUUAAUGGAUCCUCAAUCUUUACUAAACGUAAAAGAAUUCAUAUUGGAGAGAAACCGUACACAUGUGAAGAAUGUGGCAAAGCCUGUAACCAGUUCACAAACCUUACUACACAUAAGAUAAUUUAUACUAGAAAGAAACUCUACAAACGUGAAGAAUGUAGCAAAGCCUUUAACCCGUCGUCACACAUUACAACACAUACAAUAAUUCAUACUGGAGAGAAUCCCUACAAACGUGAAGAAUGUGGCAAAGCCUUUAAUCAGUCCUCAACCCUUACUACACAUAAGAUAAUUCAUACCAGAGAGAAACUCAAUGAAUAUAAGGAAUGUGGCAAAGCUUUCAACCAGUCCUCACACCUUACCAGACAUAAGAUGAUUCAUACUGGAGAGAAACCCUGCAAGUGUGAAGAAUGUGGCAAAGCCUUUAACCAGUUCUCACACCUUACCAGACAUAAGAUAAUUCAUACUGGAGAGAAGCCCUACAAAUGUGAAGAAUGUGGCAAAGCCUUUAGGCAGUCCUCACACCUUACUACACAUAAGAUAAUUCAUACUGGAGAGAAACCCUACAAAUGUGAAGAAUGUGGCAAAGCUUUUAACAAGUCCUCACACCUUACUAGACAUAAGAGCAUUCAUACUGGAGAAAAACUCUACCAGUGUGAAAAAUGUGGCAAAGCUUCUAACCAAUCCUCAAACCUUACUGAACAUAAGAAUAUUCAUACUGAAGAGAAACCAUACAAAUGUGAAGAAUGUGGCAAAGCCUUUAACCAGUUCUCAAACCUUACUACACAUAAAAGAAUUCAUACUGGAGAGAAACCCUACAAAUGUGAAGAAUGUGGCAAAGCUUUUAGCCAGUCCUCAAUCCUUACUACGCAUAAGAGAAUUCAUACUGGAGAGAAACCCUACAAAUGUGAAGAAUGUGGCAAAGCUUUCUAUCGAUCCUCAAAACUUACUGAACAUAAGAAAAUUCAUACUGGAGAGAAACCCUACGCAUGUGAAGAAUGUGGCAAAGCCUUUAACCAUUCCUCACACCUUACUACGCAUAAGGUAAUUCAUACUGGAGAGAAACCCUACCAAUGUGAAGAAUGUGGUAAAGCCUUUAACCAGUCCUCACACCUUACUAGACAUAAGAGGAUUCAUACUGGAGAGAAACCCUACCAAUGUGAAAAAUGUGGCAAAGCUUUUAACCAGUCCUCAAACCUUACUGGACAUAAGAAAAUUCAUAGUGGUGAGAAACUCUACAAACCUAAAAGAUGUAACAGUGAUUUUGAAAACACUUCAAAGUUUUCUAAACAUAAAAGAAAUUAUGCUGGUGAGAAAUCUUAGAAAUGUGAAGAAUAUAACAAAACCUUUAAAGGUUGUCACACUUGAUUGUACAUAAGAUAAUUCAUACUAAAAAAAACUUAUAAGUGUGAAGAAUGUGGCAAAACUUUUAACCAGUGCUCACACCUUAUUGCACAGGAAAGCAUUUGUACUAGAAAAAAAAUUUCAAAUAUACAGAAUGUGAAAAAGCCAUUAAUAUCUGUUCACGUCUUAACAUCAGAGAUUUCAUACUUAAUAAAAGCAUUAUACAUGCAAUUACUGUCAAAAAUCUUUCAGAAAAUAGAAGCCUCUAAAGUGAAGAGUAUUCAUUUUGAAGACACACAUUAUGAACAUAAGGAGGGUUGUAGUAACCUUUGCUUGUAUCACAGAUCUCAUUGUACACAUUUUGUACUAGAGAAAAACCCUGGAGCAAUUGCUUAAACUUUGUGCAACAUAGGGAAAUAUAUAUUGGAGAAAAACCCUGUAAAUGUAAUAAAUUUGGGAAAACUUUUUUUCAAAAAUGACAGCUUAGAAAACACUAGAGGGUUCAUACUAAAAUCUAUUUUUGCAGAUGCAGUAAAUAUGAAAAAAUAUUUAAUCCAAAAUUCUUUGUAAAUAUCAGAUAAUUCACAGUAGAAAUAUUUAAGGCACUGA